GCCAUUGGUGCUCCAUCCAGGGGGAAGUGCUAGCGGGUCUUCGGAGGAGCACACAAUCUUCCAGGACGCGGCUUAAAAUGCUAAACAGCAAACAUGUAGCAGCCUUGAGAGCUCUGAAACCCCAGAUGUCACACUCGAGGGACCGACUGGUGUAAAAGCAGGUUAUGGAUCCCAGCCUUCCUUGUUUCAUCCUUCUCACGCUGCUUGGCUCUGUUGUAAGCUCUUUCGAUAACCGCCACCACAAUGGCACCCGCCACUAUGGUUACUGUGUGCUCGGAGCUGGACCUUCUGGACUACAGAUGGGAUAUUUCCUCUCCAAGGCUAGAAGAGACUACAUCAUCUUGGAGAGGAACUCAGGACCUGGCAGCUUCUUCAACAAGUAUCCCAGGCACAGGAAGCUCAUCAGCAUUAACAAGAUCCACACAGGGAGGGGGAACCGAGAGUUCAACCUGCGCCACGACUGGAACUCCCUGCUGAGCGAUAAACCCGAGCUUCUUUUCAAGAGAGUCAGCAGCGAGUUCUACCCUCCGGCGGACGCCUUCCCUCUCUACCUGUCUAUGUUUGUGAAGGAGCUCGGGCUGAAAGUUCAGUAUGGCGUCGACAUCGGAAGGAUCAGAGCCGUGCAGUCAGCCACCGGAAGAAGCUACAUUCUGACUGAUCAGCACACAUCAGACUACACAUGCAGCGUCCUGCUGGUAGCAACAGGCCUAUGGGUCCCUCAGAAGGUAGAGUUUGUGGGUUCUGACCUGGUUGAGGGCUACGAGUCCAUCUCCACUAACCCUGAGGACUACAAGCACCAGGCUGUGCUGAUUCUGGGAAAGGGGAACUCUGCUUUUGAAACAGCACAGAGCAUCUUGGGAAGCGCGAGUCGGGUGCACAUGCUCAGUUCCAGCCCUGUCCGACUGGCCUGGCAGACACAUUACGUUGGAGACCUCAGAGCCGUGAAUAACGAGCUACUAGACACGUACCAGCUGAAGUCUCUCGACGGCCUGGUGGAGGCUCGCCUGGAGAAAAUAGUUAUCGCUCAACGAAUGGAGCAGAGCGGGAGGAGAUCUGGUGGAAGGAAGAAAGAGAAAAAGCGGCAGUUAUAUCUAACUUUAAAAAAGUACGUACACUCCAGGGAAGAGAAGAACAGCUCGGAUGUGACAGGAGAGGAACUGCCAGGGCAUCACAUCGACAACUUCCCCACGCGAAAACCUUACGACCGCGUGAUUCGAUGCCUUGGAUUCCGAUUCAACUUCAGCAUAUUUGACAGCUCCGCCUGCCCACCCAACAGUGAAAAUGCGAAAGGCAGGUUGCCGGGGGUGACGGCCUGGUAUGAAGGGAAGGACACCCCUGGUUUGUUUGUGCUGGGAACCGCUGCUCACUCCAGAGACUACCGCUCUUCUGCUGGAGGCUUCGUCCAUGGGUUCCGUUACACAGCACGAGCUGUACAUCGUGUGCUCGAACAUCGUUACCAUAGCAACGAGUGGCCAUCAACACGACUGUUGACGACACAGCUGCAGUCCUGGAUUCUGAAGCGGGUCGGCGAGGCCUCUGGGCCGUACCAGAUGUUUGAGGCACUGGGGGAUGUUGUUCUUCUUCGAGGCUCUCACUGUGAAUACUUGGAGGAGUUUCCGAUCCAGGCCUUGCCUCAGUUCUCCUCUCUUUCUGGCCACGAGGUCUCCAGCCACGGACUGAUUGUUGUCGUCAUGCAGUACGGGAAGAAGAAGAUCGACUAUCUGGGGCGCAGCAGGGCAGAAACAGACUGGACCAAAGCUUGGCAAUCCAACUUCCUGCACCCAGUUUUAUACUACUAUGACACACUUCCUACUGAGGAGGAAAUGAAGCUGCGUCCUCCCGGCUGGCCUUUACCAAGACCCAAAGCAGUUCAUCACAUGGUUGAGGACUUCCUCACAGAAUGGGACGGUCCCAUAUCUCACAUUCAGCCACUGCGACGCUUCCUGGAGCACUGUGUCCAGACUGACCUCAGGGCUUUCUAUGCAGAAUCAUGUUUCCGCUCAUCUCUCACCCACCGCAAGCCGCCGCUGUAUUGUCAGCAGGGAUACUUGAAGCAGCAGGGCGUCCCUCACAACAGUCGGCUGCGGCAGCACGUUCACGAUGCUGGACUGGCACCUGCUGAGCGAAAUGCAGCCACAUCAGGGGCCGACCCGGCGUUCCCCAACUACCUGGCACCAGCUGGAGCCUCCGUGUCUUCAGGACUGAAACUUGACCUGUGAUUGUUUUACCUAAGGGUGUUAAUGCUACCGUAUAGGAUGCUGUUUUUCCAGAGCUUCUACCUCCUGCACCCCUAGUCAUUCCCUUUUUGCAAGACCAAAUAUAUGGACAGCAUACCGUCCUACAGAACAGGGGUUUCCAUCCUUUGUUUUGGUUUGUGAUGCAUUAUAAAUACAUCGAUUUCCAAUCACAAACCCUCAACUCCAAACACUUCACUAUUUCAACCAAAGACUGAUUUUCAUUUCUUUAGUUUAAACCUGUAAAGCCCACUGUUACAAAAAUGCAACACCAAGUGUUUUUUAAUCUAACUAAUAUAUGUUAAUUUAGAUAUAAGUCAAACUAAUAAUUAAAACAAAACUUGGUGUUGCAUUUUUGCAACAGUAAGUUUUUCAGGAUGAAAGUAAAGACAUUCUUUAUUAUUGGUUUUUAUUGUUUACAUAUAAAUAUAUGACAAAAAAAUAACAAAAUAGAGAUUUUUUUCAAAUUUUUUCUGGAUUUGGAUUUUACAGAUUAUAUAUAUAUAUACCAUCUUUUUCAUUUUUUUCAUAUAAUUUUGUAUUAUUGUACAUAAAUAUAUAUUAUUUUUGCUCAUUUCAUCAUCAUUCUAUAUUUGGGUUUUACAGGGAUAAUAAUAUUUAAGUAUCACAAAGAAUUAUCUAGCACUUUAGCAAAGGAAAGUAUGAAAAAUAUAUUAUGUUUACUUUUGUUAAUCAAUCCUCGCCCCAAACACUUAUGUGACUGAUUUUUGGGUCCAAACCCGCAGGUUGGAAACCACUGCUUAUUACUAGAGGAGUUCUUUGACCCUUGAAACCUCCUGUAUUAUUAUUAUUCCCCACAAAUAUUUCUAUACAGUACACUGUCUCAUUUUCAUAUCAUUAAAACCUGUAUUAUGUAGAGCUAUAUAGGUGGAGGGUGGCUGGGACAAAUGAUUAUACAUCUAAGAUUAUAGAAAUUUAAACAUACAGAAAAGAAGGAACCCA